AUGAAUAGGGAAAAGUUGGCGAAGAUGGCUACCACUGUGCGCACUGGAGGAAAGGGGACAGUAAGAAGAAAGAAGAAGGCUGUUCACAAGACCACCACAACAGAUGACAAGAGGCUCCAGAGCACUCUUAAGAGAGUUGGAGUGAAUUCGAUUCCCGCCAUUGAGGAAGUUAACAUCUUUAAGGAUGAUGUAGUGAUUCAGUUCAUUAACCCCAAGGUUCAAGCUUCUAUUGCUGCUAACACAUGGGUUGUGAGCGGAACACCACAGACGAAAAAAUUGCAAGACAUUCUUCCUCAGAUCAUCAGCCAACUUGGACCUGAUAACUUGGACAACCUGAAGAAGCUAGCAGAGCAAUUCCAGAAACAGGCUCCAGGUGCAGGUGAUGUCCCAGCAACUAUCCAAGAAGAGGAGGAUGAUGAUGAUGUCCCAGAACUUGUAGUGGGAGAGACUUUCGAGACUCCUGUUGCUGAAGAGGCUGCUCAGCCCAAACCUGCUGCUGCUUAA